UUUUUUAAGCCAAUAAUGCCAAAUUAUUUGGGGGGGCUGAAGAACAUUUUAGGGGGGCUUCAGCCCCCCUAAAAUAGGCCUAACGACGCCCCUGGACAGGGUAUUGUUCUGUAAGGAGAGUGUGUACUGUUUUGGCUAUGGACAGCAAGCAAUGGACCUAAUUGUAAAUAGAUAUGUAAAAGAUGUGCAAAACAACAUGUUUUAACUUAAAACUUAAUUUCUUUGUUAGAGUAUUCUUGUCUGUUAUAAAGACGCCCACCCUGCAUCCAAGUAUUUAUCAGAAUACCUUGUGUACAACUACAAGGAUCACACACAAGAUGAAGUCCAUGCUGAGAAAAUUGUGGCCAUGCUGGAAAAGAAGGGUCUGCAAGCAGAUGGUUGUUUAACAUUCAUCUGCAAAAACACAAUUCUCUGUGCUUUGGUGAGGGCCAAACUGGGCCUGCCAGGGGAUACAGUGGAGGCCAUUUCCAUUGCCAAGAGGAAGAGCCACACCCAGAGGCAUCUGGCAACCAUUGAUCAGGGCUGGUGUCACCUACCUGCCCCUCGGCAGUAUGCCGUCCGUUCUGAGCACUUUGAUGACCUGGCUGGUCUGAAGAGCACUGCUGAAACCUUUGGAUUUCCUGCUGUGGUGAAGCAAGAGUAUGGAGCUGGUUCUGUUUCUGUGAAACUGGUGGAGAAUGAACAACAAUGUGAAGAAUAUGUCCAAGAAAUGAUGGCCCUUAAAACCUUGGAUCCUAAUGGUGGCUUUGCAUCCAGUCCAAUGGUAAUGGAGUAUCUUGGCGGUGACAGGUAUGUGGUGGACCUGGCGAUCUUCCAGGGAAAGCUGCUCUUGGCCUUCCUGUCUCAGUGCGGUCCCUCUAUCUUACCGUACUUUAUCAGCUCCUCCCACCUCAUGCCCUCUGGCAUCAGCCAGGAGAAGGAGGCGCAGAUGGUGGCUGCUGCCUAUCAAAGCUGCCUACACUGUGGUCUAGAGAAUGGAGUCUACAAUGUUGACCUCAAGCUUACAGAGUGCGGGCCCAAACUCAUAGAAAUCAAUCCACGCACUGGGGGGAACUUCCUCCCUACUUGGAUAAAUGAGGUGUACGGUGUUGAUAUUCACAUAGUGGCCUUCAUGAUUGCCUGCAACAUACAGCCUCAGGUUUGGACCCCUAAGCCAAGAGGAUACUUUGUUUGCAUAUCUUGUCCAAUAAAACAGCACUACCGUGCCAAGGAGAAGACACCAGGAUUUGAGGUCAUUCUGAAGGGUUUGACAGACAAAGGUCUUGUGAAAUCCAGCAUGAUCACUGAUGUUGUGGAUGACACGGCACCUGUCGCCACACUUAGCAUUGCAAGCUUCAGUACAAGGAAAGAAGACGCCAUCAGCAAGAUCAUCUUGGCUUCCCAGAUAUUGAGCAUUGAUUCUGAGGAGUACCCUGUGAAGUACUUCCUGGAACCUUUCAUGUAGUUUCUCAUGGUUUACAGUAUCAAGUAUAGUUUCACGUCAAAAACUAGGCUCAACAUUGACUACAAAAGGUAUGGAACUCAUUGAAAAGGUGAAGCAAACCAGCACCAUCUGUAUCCGUACUGCAGCUCAAUGACGGUGACACAUUUUCCUUUUCAAAUUAAUCAUCAUAUUCAUUCUCAAAAACUAUGGAUAGCCUUAUCAGCAGGUUUCUUUCAACCCUAAUGUAUGUAUUAUUUCUUCUUUCUGAAAAGUUAGUUUAAAAUGUUUUUUUUUUUUUUAGAAGUUUGUGGUAUAAAGUAGUUGACAAAAUGAACUGCCCCUCUGCUCCAUUUCAAAUUUCUGGAAUGUUGUCAAGAUCAUCACAUCCAUAACUUUUAUAGGAAAUUGACGAUUAUAUUCUUUGGUUGUAGACCAACAGAAAUAUAUGCUCUCGAUGGAUAUUAUGGGUAUAGCCCAAGUCAAACACCUUCCUGGACAAUGUAGAUAUUUUCCACCAGGUUUCCGCUGCCAAAGUAAAGGCCAUAUGAUAUUGCAGUGUUAUAGACAUAUUUGUAGCUAAUUUUGUGGGAAUUGGGUGUGGGCAUCUUAAAUGUGUGACAUGUAAGGGUGUGCAAUAUUUGGGUAGUUGAUGAUUGAUUUGCUUAAAAUGUGGGUUAUCAGGUAUCCUAUCUGAAUAUAUGUGUAAUUCCUGUAACAUGAACAUAACUUAAUUUGGGCCUGUAAUAAAAUAAUUAUAGGAACUAUUGUGUAGCACAUGCUGUUUUUUUUCGGAUGAUAUUACUAAUUAUGAAUGCUGCUGCAGUCAUUUUUAUUUUUAUU